GAUUGCCACCAGAGUCUUGUCAGGUUCACCGUCAUAGGUAUCGUAUGGUUAAUAAAUAAUACUUAAUCGGAAGAGAAGAGAGUGGUACUAAUUUGGAAUUUGGAAGCUGCUGCUGGGAUUCCACGACGAAGAGAAGAGCAGUUUGAGGAGGGUCCUCAGAUUAUCAAACUGGUGGUACCACUAGUAGUGAAUUUGGCAAAUGGGAAAGAUUGAAGAAGAGGAAGAAGACAGCAAUUUCAAUGGCGGGUUGGGCGGCAACGGACAAGAUUUUUCAGGAAGCACUCCCACCAUAUUUCCAGAACUCAAGUAUUAUUGCUUACAGUUGCUUGAACUCCUCCACAACCCUCACAAGCAGAGGAAGAACAAUUCUUCUUCUUCCUCGCCUCCUUGUCAACUCCUCCAGCUUCUUCGUUGCUCCCCUGCAUCUUCUCUCCAGCCUUUCUUCGACUACAUAUUGUUUCCUUUGCUGCUUCUGUUGGAUGCAGCAGUGGGUUGUCGAGCUUUGCCUAAAGGUGAUGAUCCUGAUGGAAGUUCAUUCAUGUCUGGUGCCCCCAAAGCUCCCCCCCAAGUCAGUGAUCAUGUAGCUGAAGCUGUGCUUGAUUGUCUGGAGGAACUUCUCACUAAAUGUGCUUUGGGAUCUGUGGAUCAGGCUUCUUCUUCUUUAAAGCAUGAAGCUAACAACUGGUUGUGUUCCAAAGAGAAUGAUUCUCCUCUCACUCAAUAUUGUACUACCCUUUUCUGUGAUGGGAUUUGUAGUGCCCCAUUUGAGCCUGUCCAAAGGACUGUACAAUAUUUACCUCACGUACUCAUUAGAUGCUAAAGAUCCCGUCUAAGAUUACUCUGGCUUACUACGGGGUAGUAUUAUUGCAAAUGCAGCAGUGCAGUCUGUAUAUGGUUGUCUUGCUGAAGAAACUGACUAGUGGUGCAUUACUUUCUCCAUCAGAAGCACCGGAAGAAUUCCGUGUUGGCAUAAUAAAAUGUUUCAGAGCCUUGCUACUUUGUCUGGAUCCUUGUAUUGAUGAGUUGUGCCAAUGUAAACAAGUUGUUGGUUUGCCUGUACAACUAGUUAGAAAGGAUUCUGUCUCAAAACCUGCUUCAGAGGCAGAGCAAUGUUUGCUUGCAUUUCUCCAAUCUGAGUCUGCUUCAGCUGCUGUUGGACAUUGGCUAUCACUUCUUCUUAAGGCUGCUGAUGUGGAGGCAGCACGAGGGCAUCGAGGCAGCGCAACACUUCGCGUGGAAGCUUUCAAAACACUUCGUGUGCUUAUUGCUAAGGUUGGUAAUGCUGAUGCAUUGGCUUUCUUUUUACCAGGUGUCAUUAGUCAGAUUGGCAAAGUUCUGCAUAUGUCCAAAACAAUGGUUAGUGGGGCUGCAGGAAAUACUGAAGCUUUAGACCAAGCAAUCCGGAGUUUGGCAGAAUUUCUUUCAAUUGUUCUGAAGGAUGAUCAAAAUCUUCCUAGUCUUAGUCAAUUUCUGAAUGAUAGUAUUGUCCAUCACAUAAGCAAGGAGAAGCCCCUUGUUUCCUUUCUGGAUGAACUUCGUCACCUGGCUUCAAAGACUCAAGAUCAGGGUGAAGUUGUGGUUCACAAUGUGAGCGAAGCUGUUCAAAAGAGUACAUCAAUGCCUGACAUCAGAAAGAGUGUGAGUGUGAAUCCUGAAGGAAUGAGAGGGGCUUUUCGUGUUGAACGUUCAAAGGAUUGGAUCAUCAAUGCUUCAGCUCACAUAAAUAAAAUCUUGUCUAAAACUUUUCCCCAUCUUUCUUGUCAUCCAUCGAAGAAGGUGAGACUGGGAAUUUUAGCAGCCAUGCAGACACUUUUAUUAAGUUGCAGUUACACAUUAAGAGGAAGCAGAUUGUUGCUUUUGGAAUGCAUUUGUGUUCUUGUUUGUGACGACUCUGAGGAAGUAUCCUCUGCCGCACAGGCGUUCUUUGGAUAUUUGUUUUCAUCAAAUAGGGAACAUCUGGAACAUGAUUUUGAUGCCAUCUUCAGCAGGCUCAUUGACAAGAUUCCACAUGCAGUGUUGGGAAACAAUGAGUCAAUGGCUCUAUCACAUGCCCGGAAGUUACUUGUAGUGAUAUAUUUCUCAGGUCCACGAUUUGUGGCCAUCCACCUACUUCAGUCUUCUGUGACUGCUGCUCGAUUCUUGGAUAUUUUUGCCCUCUGCCUGAGUCCAAAUACCACAUUUUCCGGCUCACUUGACAAGCUUGUUGCAGCAAAACCACCUUCAGCAGGGUAUAUGCAUUCGAUUGCAGAGAUGAAAUCUAUGAGGAAUGCUGGUUCUGAAGGUUUCGAGUCCACUGAAACCACCAAAGUACCUUACCCACCAAAAAAUGUGUCAAAUGCGUAUGUGCUGCCAGGCUUGCCACCUUGGUUCGCUUAUAUAAGUGGUCAGAAGCUGUAUAAGGCGCUUGCAGCAGUUCUUAGACUUGUGGGAUUAUCAUUGUUUACAGACUCCCAAAAUGAAGGAUCUCUCUCUGUCACGAUUGAUAUUCCCCUUGGUUACUUGCGUAAAUUGAUUUCUGAGAUUCGGACUAGGGAAUGCAGUAUGGAAAGCUGGGAGUCUUGGUAUAAUAGAACGGGAUCAGGACAGCUGGUGCGACAGGCUAGUACUGCUGUAUGCAUUCUAAAUGAAAUGAUUUAUGGUCUUUCAGAUCAAGCAAUAAGUAGCUUUGGAAGAAUGUUUCAGCACUCCAAUUUGAAAUGGCAAGAGAUUGAGGAAUGUGAUGCAAAUGGUUAUGCUCAGCCGUGCAAGUGUGAUCAACCUGUGCCAGAUAACAACCUUUGGCAUGUUUGUAACCAUAGCAGGGCUAGGAAUAACUUAAUUCACAGUAUUGGGAGUGUAUUACAUGAAUAUCUUUCUCCUGAAGUGUGGACUCUCCCACUUGAUCAUACAGAUUCUAGUCUACAGUCUUAUAGUGGCGGCAGAGCUUUAGCUUUGCAUUUCUUCAAUGAUAAUGCUGUGCUUCACCAGGUUAUCAUUGAAGGAAUUGGUGUCCUCACAAUGUGCCUUGGGAAAGAAUUUUCUUCUUCUGGGUUUCUUCACUCCUCUCUCUUUAUGUUGCUGGAGAAUCUUAUAUGCUCUAAUUUUGAAGUUAAAAGUGCAUCUGAUGCUGUCUUACACAUUAUGGCUGCUACACUUGAUUACCCAACGGUGGGCCAUUUAGUUCUGGCAAAUUCAGACUAUGUAAUAGACUCAAUAUGCCGGCAACUGCGUCAUUUGGAUCUUAAUCCUCACAUGCCAAACGUACUUGCUGCAAUUCUUUCCUAUAUCGGAGUAGCUCAUAAAAUACUACCGUUGUUGGAGGAGCCGAUGCGCGCUGUUUCUUUGGAACUUGAAAUUCUUGGCAGACACCAGCACCCAGAUUUGACUGUUCCCUUCUUAAAGGCAGUGGCAGAAAUAGGUAAGGCUUCAAAACAGGAGGCCUGUACUCUGCCAAAUCAAGCAGAAGCAUUAUACAAGGAUAUCAAAUCCAACAUUUUAGAUUUAGAGAAGAGAAAAGGGAAUGAGUUUUGUUCUUCAAGAUCAUCCAUUGAAGUUGAUGCAACUGUGGAAUUCCCAGAAUCUGAGGUGGGUAUCUGUUACAAUCAUGACAGUAGACAGAUACAGCAUUGGGAAUCAGUUCUGUUCAAAUUGAAUGAUUCUAGAAGAUGUAGGAGUAUAGUUGGAUCAAUUGCUGGUUCUUGUCUAAUUGCUGCUGCUCCUCUUCUCGCUUCAUCUAUGCUAGCAGCUUGCUUGAUAGCUCUUGAUGUAAUUGAGGAUGCCAUUGAGACACUUGCCAAGGUGGAAGAUGCCUACAAGCUUGAGAAGAAAGCUAAAGCAGCACUUCAUCAAAUCUUCGACUUGUAUUCACUUCAUAACCUUCGAGAUGCACUAGAUGCAGCUGAGGAUGAAGCUGGAGAGAACAGAUUGCUUCCUGCAAUGAACAAAAUUUGGCCUUUCUUGAUUGCUUGUGUUCGAAAUAAGAAUCCAGUGGCUGUCCAAAGGUGUUCAUGUACAAUUAGCAACAUGGUGCAAAUCUGUGGAGGAGAUUUCUUUUCUCGGCGUUUUCACACCAAUGGGAUCCACUUGUGGAAACUUCUAGGCUCAUCCCCAUAUGAGAAAAAGCCCAUUUCAAGAGAGGAUAGAACUCCUUUGCAGCUUCCUUAUGGGAGCGUUUCCUUCUCUUCUGAGGGCAGUGUAGCCGAGCUAUCUGACCUAAAAGUUCAGGCAGCGGUGCUCAACAUGAUUGCUGAUAUAGCUAAGAAUAAAAGGAGCGCUUCGGCUUUAGAGGCAGUCCUGAAGAAGGUUAGUGGUCUUGUAGUAGGAAUAGCUUGUAGCGGUGUUAUGGGUCUUCGAGACGCGGCUAUAAAUGCUCUUGUGGGUCUCGCAUCCAUAGACCCCGAUCUUGUUUGGCUUCUAGUAGCUGAUAUAUACUUGUCGCUAAAGAAAAAAGAUGUUCUUUCACCACCGGGCAACGAGUUUCCAGAAGUAUCUCAGAUCCUGCCUCCACCUUCAUCGUCUAAAGGGUACCUCUACUUUGAAUAUGGAGGGCAGAGUUAUGGGUUUGACAUUGAUUUUUCAGCUGUGGAGCAUGUGUUUAAAUUGCUGGAUGGGCAAUAUUGUACAUGACAUGGGUUGUAUAAUGUACAGAACUGUUUUAGCUGAAUGGGGAAGGAGGAGGGUUAGUAUGGUCAAACAGUGUAUAUACUUGAUCCAAACUUUUUAUGUCCGGUAUCCUAGCCGAGACAAAGGCCCUCUGUUAGUUUGGGGUUAAGAGUCUGUGGAGACCUUGUACUAUAAAAUGGAGGGAAUGAAGCUUUGAAAAGUUGGAUCCAAUCUUUCAGAUGUAGUAGUUCUGUAGUCCAAUGAAUCAUCCUAUCAAUCUGGAGGUAGCAAAUUAUUGAUAACAUUUUGCGUA